AGAAGAAGAAAAAAAAAACUUCAAAUCAAACCAUGAAAUUAGGAAUGGAUAUAUUCUGUGCCUCACCGGCUUCCACAGCCAUAUGCUCAAGCAUAGACCAACGCUCCAUGGUCCGUCGCAGCCUGCACAGGAAUAGCACUGAUCAUCAUCAACAAAGUCCUUGUAAUCUUCUUGAUCAUCAUGAUGAUCAUAGGCGGAUGAUCAAGAACCAGCAGCCUCGGCAUCAUCACGUCCCAUGUUCUUCUCAGUUGCCGAUCAAUCCCAGACCUCAUAACUACGAGAAGAGCAGAAAGAGUUGCUCCGAUAACUACAGUUAUAAGCAAACUAGCGAGGUGCGUAGGAAAAGCUCGGCUGAUGUAUAUGACGUGAAAAGUAUAAGUAGGACUAGUCCUCCUGGUUCUUCUCGUUAUCUGUUGAGCGAAACCCCUUUCGUCGACUGGUUGUCGUCGGAGACUGAUGAUGAUCGCGCUGUUCAACGUCAUGUCUUUUCUACUGAUCAUCAGGAUGAUCAUGAUCAACCCGCCAAGCUAAAGUUUAGGAGCCUCAGCACUAAUGAUCGGCCUUCUUCUUUGAGAGCCUCUUCAUCCACUCGCUCUCGUCACCAGGUCGUGGUUUUGAGGGUUUCACUGCAUUGCAAGGGCUGUGAAGGGAAAGUGAAAAAACAUCUCUCUAAAAUGGAAGGAGUGACAUCAUUUAGUAUAGACUUGGCUGCAAAGAAAGUGACAGUGAUUGGAGAUAUAACUCCUUUAGGUGUGUUAGCGAGCGUGUCAAAGGUGAAGAGUGCCCAGCUCUGGCCUUCUCCCACAUCAUCAUCACCCUCUUCUCCUUGGUCAGCAUGAUUAUCAGUACUAAUUAGUAAUAAAUCACUUUUAUUUUUUUUCUUAUUAUUAAAUUACUACUUACUAUUAUUUGAAGGUCCGGCAGGGUGUGUACUUUUACUACUAUAUAUGAGUUAUGUUUAAUAUGUAGUGUAAAUGCAAAUUAAGUACUCUUUUAAUUAAGGGGAAUAUAUCGGAAUCAAACAACUGCUUGUUUAUUGUGUAAAGUUAAAGUGGAAGGGAUGGUUCAAUA